CGCUACUGUGAAGCCAUGGGCGUUCAAACUGGACAAUGACUUGGACUGACAAGAAGAAUAUGAUGUCAAAUGGACUAGACUGAAAUGCGCCACCGGCUAAGCAGAGUGUCGAAGAAAUGUCCAAUCGAAUCUUUCCCGGCGUUUUGGAUGUAGACGGAAUCCCCGCUCUGGGAUAACGGUGCCGGGUAUUAGUGAUUUGUAAUAAGGUAGUUUGUUGUGGCCUACCCUGUUGGAAGACUGCUAUUUUUUCCCCGUUAUGAUUGUGUGUAUUCAUUAUUUCCAUGGUGCUGAAUUUAUCAUCAAUGUUGUAGGCCUAGUAUAGUGUGUUUAAUGUUGGCUGCCAAUUCACGCCUUUUCUAGUUUUGAUAAUUUUUGUGUAGUUUCAUGUUUUUCAGUGAUAUACUUGACUUAAUUUGCAUCUUAUAGAACAUUAUGAUUUUUAUAAAGUGCCAAUAACCAUGUUGAUCAGAUAGUGAUUAUGACUAUUGAGGUAGCAAAAAUUCCCUUUAAUCUCUGAUUUUGGAAGCAUUUGUUAAUGUUUUUUUUUUAAUGAACUCAUCUGACAAUUUAAGUGGACAAUUGUAACAACAUAUGGAACAUAUUUUCAAGUCAGUGUGCCAUUUUGUUCAUGAGAGGCACAGUAUUUGAAUUUGCAGGCUAAUAGGCUACAGCCUACAGUUUUGCAAAGUCCUACCUAUCCAGCGGGUCAUGAAUUGCUCAUGUUUCUCGCCUGCUGUGGGAGUGUUACUUGCUGAGAAACUGCAAUCAGAUUGACAGUUAAAGGGCGAGGCUGUAAGCCAUUUGUGCCAGCCAGGUUCCAGGACUGGGGUCCGUUGUUUGGCGGGAUGCUGAGGACCACAGUGGGGUGUGUGGGGGUGGAGGAGAGAGAUGAGGAGCAGGAGGAUGAAGGUGAAGAGGACUUGCGGGAUGGAGGUGUGCCCUUCUUUGUGAACAGGGGAGGCCUACCGGUGGAUGAGGAGACUUGGGAGCAGAUGUGGAGGCAUGUGGCCCGGAUUCACCCUAAUGGUGAGGCCAUAGGGAAACGCAUCCGGGGAGCCAGUGAUCUGCCCAAGAUUCCAACACUGAGUGUGCCUACAUACCAGCCAACCACCAGUAUCCCACAGCGCCUAGAAGCCAUACAGAAAUAUAUCAGGGAUUUGCAGUACAAUCACACAGGAACACAGUUUUUUGAAAUCAAGAAGAGCAGGCCUCUUACUGCGUUGAUGGACAUCGCCAAGGAGAUGAUCCGGGAGUCACUACCAAUCAAGUGUCUGGAGGCAGUGAUCCUUGGAAUUUACCUCAGCAACAGCAUGCCGGGUGUGGAGCGCUUCCCCCUCAGCUUUAAGACGCAGUUCUCAGGGAACCACUUUUGCCACAUCGUGCUGGGGAUGCACAGCGGUGGCCGCUUCGGAGCACUGGGCAUCAGCCGGCGGGAGGACCUCAUGUUCAAACCCCUGGAGUUCCGCACGCUGGCUGACCUGGUGCAGGAGUUUGAGGGGGCCUACAGGGGCUACUGGCACACCUUGAGGAAGGUGAAGAUUGGUCAGUAUGUGUCCCAUGACCCCCACAGUGUGGAACAGAUAGACUGGAAACACUCCAUAAUAGACGUGGACAAACUGACCAAGGAGGAGCUGCGGAGAGAGCUGGAGAGACACACCCGGGACAUGAGGCUGAAGAUUGGAAAGGCUGCGCCCCCUUCACCCACCAAAGACAGGAAGAGUAGCAUGGGCUCGCCCCUCCGUAACCCAGGCAGCCCCAUGCGCAGGAACAGCCGCAUCGAGAGACGUCCAUCUGGAGAGAAGAAAGUUCUUGAUCCGAAGCCGCCACCAGACAUGAAUGGAUAUCAGAUUCGAGUGUGAGGAGGAUUUCACAUCAUAAAAUCAUCCUGCAAAACAAGAUCUUAGAAUGGUGGGGUUCUGUCUGACAAAAGGUUUGUUCUGGGGAAUGGGGCUUUUGUGUUCAGUUUUCCAAAUAGGUUUGUACCGUGUAAGCAAUUUAUUUAGGAUAUUUUGCAUUCAACAAACGUGACGUAUACUGUACAGAGCAUGGCCAUGUCAAUAACUGAUUAUUGACUAAAUGCACAGUACUAGUCAAAAGUUUGGACACCUACUCAUUCUAGGGGUUUUCUUUAUUUUUAUUAUUUUCUACAUUGUAGAAUAAUAGUGAAGACAUCAAAACUAUGAAAUAACAUAUGGAAUAAUGUAGUAACCCAAAAAUAUAUAUUAUAUUCUUCAAAGUAGCCACCCUUUGCCUUGAUGACAGCUUUGCACACUCUAGGCAUUCUCUCAACCAGCUUCAUGAGGAAUGCUCUUCCAACAGUCUUGAAGGAGUUCCAUCAGUUCCACCAAAACCAUCUCAACUGGGUUGAGGUUGGGUGAUUGUGGAGGACAGGUUAUCUGAUGCAGCACUCCAUCACUCUCCUUGGUCAUUGUCUUGUUGAAAAACAAAUGAUAGUGCCACUCAGUGGAAACCAGAUGGGAUGGCGUAUCGCUGCAGAAUGCUGUGGUAGCCAUGCUAGUUAAGCAUGCCUUGAAUUCUAAAGAAAUCACUGACAGUGUCUCUAGCAAAGCACCAUCACACCUCCUCCAUGCUUCACGGUGGGAACCACACACGCGGAGAUCAUCCGUUCACCUACUCUGCAUCUCACAACAACACGGUGAUUGGAACCAAAAAUCUCAGAUUUGGAAUCAUCAGACCAAAGGACAGAUUUCCACCGGUCAAAUAUCCAUUGCUCGUGUUUCUUGGCCCAAGCAAGUCUCUUCUUCUUAUUCAUGUCCUUUAGUAGUGGUUUCUUUGCGACAAUUCGACCAUGAAGGCCUGAUUUACGCAGUCUCCUCUGAACAGUUUAAGUUGACAUGUCUGUUACUUAAAACUCUGGGAAGCAAUUAUUUUGGCUGAAAUCUGAGGUGCAGUUAACUCUAAUGAACUUGUCUUCUGCAGCAGAGGUGACUCUGGUUCUUCCUUUCCUGUGGUGGUCCUCAUGCGAGCCAGUUUCAUCAUAGCGGUUGGUUUUUGACAUUUUCCGUAUUGACUGACCUUCAUGUCUUAAAGUAAUGAUAGACUGUCAUUUCUCUUUGCUUAUAUAAGCUGUUAUUGCCAUAAUAUGGACUUGGUCUUUUACCGACUAGGGCUAUCUUCUGUAUAUCACCCAUACCUUGUCACAACAACUGAUUGGCUCAACUCAUUAAGAAGGAAAGGAUUUCCACAACUUAACUUUUAACAAGGCACACCUGUUAAUUGAAAUACAUUCCAGGUG